CCUGCAGCCAACUUCCACUUUACUUGGGAUGUUUUCACUUUCAGGGCAUCUUGUUCUGAGUCAAGAUUCCUCCUUCUGAAUGUGGGACUUUCCAGAAGGACCAUAGCUCCCUCCUGACAUCCUGUGGAUCUAGGACCUUCUGGGCUUCGAUUGUGGAGGGUGUUUGUCUGUCUCUCCAGAGGAGGAUGGCCAUGUGGUCCCUGUGUCGUUUGCUUCUCUGGGAAGCACUACUUGCCAUCGCGGUUACUGGAGCCCAAGUGCUGAGCAAGGUGGGGGACUCUGUGCUGCUGGCAGCAGAGCAGCCCCGUGGUUUCCAAGUCCGCGAGGCCAUCUGGCGAUCUCUCUGGCCUUCGGAGGAGCUCCUGGCCACAUCUUUUCGGGGCUCCCUCGAGAUGCUAUACCACUCCCGCUUCCUAGGCAGAGCCCAGCUGCACAGCAACCUUAGCCUGGAGCUCGGGCCCCUGCAGGCUGGCGACAGUGGCAACUUCUCCGUGCUCAUAGUGGACACCGGUGGCCAGACCUUGACCCAGACCCUGCAGCUCAAGGUGUAUGAUGCCGUACCCAGGCCCACAGUUCAAGUCUUCAUCGCUGUAGCAAGGGAUGCUCAGCCUCCCAACACCUGCCAGGUCUUCUUGUCCUGCUGGGCCCCCAACGUCAGUGAUAUAACCUAUAGCUGGCGACGGGAGGGAAUGAUGGACUUUGGUGUUGGAACACACAGCCUCUUCACAGACCGACAGGUACUGAGUCUCUCUCUGGGACUGAGAGACAAGGAUGCGGCCUAUUCCUGCAUUGUCUCCAACCCUGUCAGCUGGGACUUGGCCACAGUCACCCCCUGGGAGAGCUGCCAUCGUGAAGCAGCACCAGGGAAGACCUCCUACAAAGAUGUGCUACUGGUGGUGGUGCCAAUCUCGUUGUUCCUAUUGCUGGUGGGCAUCUUCUCCAUGUGGUAUGGUGGCCCCUGCUCAGGGAAAAAGAAGAACGACCAUACUGACGAAGUGGCUCCAGAGACAGAGAACCCCCUUGUGUAGGAUGAGGGGCAAGAUAAGCUGAUGCCUGGAUCUUGAGGAGCCUCCCUGUCCAGGAACAUGAUGACCUGGGACAUAGCUGGUCCAUAAAACCAUCAAAGUCCUCAUAUCCUCCAGGAGACUCCUGUUCCAUCUCCAAGGAACAUGCUGGACAGCUGUCACAUGAGAAGGACAAAAAGCACUGGCAUAGGGGCUGGGGAUUUAGCUCAGCGGCACAGAGCCUGCCUGGCAAGGACAAGGUCAUGAGUUCAAUUCCCAGUACCGGGAAAAAGAAAAGAAAAGAAAACAACAAAAAGCACUGGCAUAAACUUCCAUGCCUCUCCUCUUUGUGCACUUUGCUCUUUGCUGGGCCAGAUGAGCCUAACAAAAUGUUCUCUCAAGAACACUGAAAGCUCUCCAGGAUCACAGGGCUAUUGAUUGUCCAAGGCAUUCACUCCCCACCAUUAUACACAAAGUAUUGCCCAACUGCACCAAAAGAUUGCCUCUAGCCUGCAUCCCGGACUCCAAAUGACAUUGGACACAAGCACUAGCAAGAAAACUGCAUCACCCCCUGCAUCCCCAGCUUCAGAUGAUCAAGGUAUUAUCAUAACAAAUGUCCACAACAGGUGUAGGUGAGAGAUAAGAGACAAAGGUUUCUCUUUCUGGCCUGAAAAACACUCAGGUCAUAUGAGUUCAUAGCCCCUCUAAGGCAAAUUGCAGCUAUAGAUAACCAAUGAUGAUCUGCAUCCAUGGUCAGAAUGAGAGACAUCCAAUGGCUAGAAGUCUUCACCAUUUCCAUUGACCCUCGCAUGUCCUAUAGGAUCUUGGGAGGUUCUUUAUUCUCCAGCACAGUGGCCAGGAAAAAAGACACUGAAUUAACCAACAGGAAGUUCUUGUGCAACACUGAGAAAAGCAACUGCGCUCAGAAGUCUUCUCCUUGAGACUUAAAAAGGAAAAGGAGGAAAAUUAGGGAGGGGAGGGAUACUGAGGCAUUUUAGAAGCUCCCACAUUGACUUUCAGAUGCAAGUGCCGAAGGUCCACCAAAAUUCAAGGGGAAAAACAAAGAUCUUGCUGCUCAAGGGAGGAUUGUCAAUAUCACUUUGACACACGGCAUGGAAAAUGUUAUUGUAGCCACAUCUGGAAAAUACAGUCUGCCACUGAGUGACUCCAUCUGGAAAAGCUCUGGACUAUUUAUUGCCACUGGAAAAACUUAAUGAGCUAAAUUCACAUUCAAGGAUUAGUAGUUAAUAAAGCUCAAAGUUAU